AUGUCGAAAGACGAUGCAAAGGACCCAAAAGAGCCCACGUACGAAGACUAUCUCGAACGCGACAAGUACAACGACGAUGAAUGGGAAUAUCGACACGUGAUUCUGCCAAAGCCAAUGCUCAAGCUGCUCCCGGAAUCGUACUUUGACCCAGCCGAGCCGGGGGUUCUGCGCAUCCUCGCCGUCAAGGAGUGGCGCGAUAUCGGCAUCACCCAGAGCGUCGGCUGGGAACACUACGAGGUGCACGCGCCCGAACCGCACAUCCUCCUCUUCCGUCGUGAAAAGGACUUCCUCGAAAAAUAUCAGGCCCAGGUGGCGGCGCAGGCACGAGCACAGCAGAACGGCAAAAAGUAA